GCCUACGCAUACAUCCACAAUAUCCUCCACACCACAGCUCACGGCGUCUGCCAAUCAACCGAGCACUGCGAUCGACUCUGGGUAUGGGUACCCUCCGAUGUUGGGCUUCAAAAGCGGAGCCCACUCCCUCACGCAUCCAAUGAGCCCUGCCAACAAGCGGGAGCUCGGGAUUUCAGAGCAAAGUUCGGCAGGAAGCAGCGUGAGCCUUAAGCCGGCGAUCGUCCCUCCUCAGGUAGGGAAGCACCGCUGUUACUGGACUCUUCUAUCAGAAUCCCUGAAAUUCCUCUUCCUCGAUCCGAUACUCACCCUACAUAUGGGAGAGCAGGCCAACGCUCUCCUCGGCAAAGAUAUGCUCGAAUAUGUUCACCCUGAAGACAAGGAGAAAGCGGUCGAGGAUCUCAAACGAGUAGUACGAAGCAAAACUUUGCACGGUAGUGUCACACGAGUGCGAUACCGUCGUGUGACGAGCAUUAGAUAUCUACUUGGGGCUGUGGACCUUGCCCCAGUACCCGACGCUCCCCUCUUCUGCAUUGAUGAACAGUAUCUGAUAAGUGACAUUGUCAUCAACUGCGUCGGGGACAACCUAGUGCUUUGCUUCUUUCAUGCCAUCGUUGACAAGAAACCCUUGGAGGACCAGAAGGAAGAAGAAAAAUCGGAAUGGUCUAACUGGUGUGGUUCUCCGAGCAACGUAUCUAUCGUCGAGUAUGCCGCCGACAUGUACAAUGCGCUCAUUCCUAACUCGCAAUACGUCAACCAGUACCCGCAACGUGUAUUCCAGAUUCUCAGAGCAGAGGGACGCGGUAUCGUAUUCACAUGGCCGCUAAACGGGUAUGAAGUACUCGAGUUUGGUGGAAUCGCGAGAGACGUCAACAUCGGUGGCUCUGGUGAGGUGGGCGAGGCCCGAACAAGCUGUACGAGGAGGUAUAAGGCGAACUGGAUCGGCCAGCUGAGUGGGAUGCCUGCGGAAGUCGAGAGCGUGUACAUCCCCUAUGGUUCCAUCAUAUUCGCAUGUCACCGGCCUCUAUUCCAGGAGCACAGCAUCGAAGCCGCAAACCUCCUCCGAUCAACAUAUAUCAACAACACGGCGCCUUACACCCAGACGGGCACCCAAAACAGCGGAUAUCAAACUCCGACCAGUGCGACGACUGCUGGUGGUUUCGGGCCCGGAUACCCGUCGCACACAUAUGGAUCCGCACAAUACAGUCGAAGCAUUAACAACCAGCAGGCCGAGAAUUGGCCUAGCACUGGCGUUCCUCCGUCUCCCGCACUGUCCACCUCCCUGCCAACGCCGUUGUCGAGUAUGCCCCCGCAGCCUUAUCCCCAACCAACACUGUCGCAGCAGCGAGCAGAGUCCUCUCCCACCUCUGUACAACCUAGUCAUCCUCAACAUCCAACUUCUAGUGCAUCACCACAAUCAGCGCAAGAUGGUCCCGGAACAGCAGACCAGGCACAACCAACACCUCCACAGCCAAAACGGCCAACGCGCCCGCCGACCGGCGUACAGGCAUGUGUACAAUGUGGCAACACCACCUCCCCUGAAUGGCGCAAAGGGCCGAGCGGGAACAAGGAUCUCUGUAAUGCGUGCGGCCUGCGAUAUAGCCGAACAAGAGCGAAGGAGGAAGGCGGGGAAAAGAUGAAGCGCGGAAAGCGAAAGAAGAAGAGUGUAAACGUGGAAGAUGAGGAGGAGGAUGACGGCAAGAAUGCACGCAAGAAGCGAAAAGAUGACGAUAGUCCGUCCCCGGUCCCUCAGGCUUCACCAGUGUCGCCUAUACAGAUGCUGCAGCCAUCACAGCCUCUCGUUUCUCCCUCGCUCCUGGGCGGACCACAACCUCUCCACCUGAAUGGGAUGGGUGUCGGGCUCCCUGGCUGGUCGCAACAGAUGCACCCUGGAGAAGGACUUAAGGUUGUCGUACGCGAGCCGCAGGGCUUGGAUCAGCCACUGCUACGAAAAUUACCAGGCGUGGAGGAUAUGUUCCUUUUGCCCACUGGGCUUGUAUGAAUACGUAUUCACCCCGUCUCUAUGCACGGAGGCUGUGCUGUGAACAGUAGUGUACGUAUGUUUAAUUUUCGGAUUGGAUUGGUUGGAUGGAAAUGGAGGUGUUUUACUUGUUCAGUAAUUCGUGAGGUUGGCAGAGUGAUAUGACUAUUGUACAAUGGUGGAACAGGAUUAAUAACUUUG